AUGUCACCAUCAACACGCACCUUCACCUGCCUUCAAUGCCGACUCAUAACCAUCCGGAAGCCCCCUCGGCGUCUCUUCCACACUUCCCUCCAGCUCCGGAUUGACUCUCCCCGCCCUACGUCCGCCCCCAAACUUUCAAUCGACAUAAAACACAUCCGCCAAAACGCCGCCCUCCACGCACAAAACUGCAUCGACCGCAACUACAAAGUCCAAUCCACGUACCCCGCGCGCAUAAACGAUCUCUUCGAGCAAUGGCACAUCUACCAGCACGAUGCUCGCAGUCUCAGGGAGCGGAACAACCGCGUCAAGCUGCAGAUUGCGAAUCGGACAACGCUGGGUGAUGGGGAUGCCGAGGAGGCGAGGGCUUUGAGGGAUAUGAGUAGAGAACAGCUAUUAGAGGAAGCCAAAAAGCUGAAGGAGAAAAUCUCUGCCAUUCAGGAUAAGGAAGAAGGCAUCACGGAUGAAAUCGAUGCACUUGCUGCCAGUAUCCCGAAUCUCACCUCGGACGAAACCCCUCGCGGCAACGAGCCAAAAUUGCUGGGCUAUAUCAAUGAUCACCCGGAGCCGAAUCCUUCAGCAUCUGAUAGAGUAUGGCGCUCGCAUGUACAUAUUGGGAGUGAGUUGCAGCUUCUGGAUUUCGCUGCCGCGGCCACGACGUCGGGGUGGGGGUAUUACUAUUUACUGAACGAAGCUGCUUUGUUGGAGCAAGCGUUAGUUCAAUACGCAUUGUCAGUAGCAAGAAAAGCAGGCUGGGGUGUUGUAGCACCGCCGAGUACGGUGUACUCGCAUAUAGCCUCAGCCUGUGGAUUUCAACCUCGGGAUCAAAAUGGUGAACAGCAAGUUUACAACAUCCAGCAAAAUGCAAGGGACGUGGGUGUGAAGCCCGAGCUUAGUCUUGCUGGCACGGCGGAGAUCCCGCUCGCCGGCAUGAAGGCGAAUACGACUUUGGAGGAAGACAAGCUGCCCCUGAAGAGAGUGGGUGUUUCGAGGUGUUACAGGGCGGAAGCGGGGGCUAGGGGGGUGGAUACGAAGGGCUUGUAUCGGGUGCAUGAGUUUACGAAGGUUGAGCUUUUUGCGUGGACGAUGCCUUCUGAUGUUGAUUCCUCUACUGUGUUUGAGGGAAUGGUUGAGCUGCAAAAGACGAUUCUGUCCUCACUUGGUUUGCACUGCAGGGUAUUGGAAAUGCCCAGCACGGAUCUAGGUGCUUCAGCAACUCGCAAGAUUGAUAUUGAGGCUUUCUUCCCCAGUAGGAGGGCAAAGGAUGAAGGGUGGGGGGAGGUAACGAGUGUCAGUAUGUGCACCGAUUACCAGAGCAGAAGGCUAGCAACUAGAGUGGAUGUCAGGACCCUUGGAGGGAAAAUUGCGUUCCCAUAUACCGUGAAUGGGACGGCGUUAGCGGUUCCGAGAGUCCUGGCUGCCAUUUUGGAAAAUGGAUGGGAUGAAGAUAAAAAAGAGGUGAAGAUACCCGAGUGCUUGUGGCCAUGGAUGGAUGGUUUGAAGGUCAUUGCUCCAAAAUAG